ACAUCGACCAAAGAGAGCCAGGCCAAAUAUAUAUCUUCAGUGUGCUGACGGCGUGGCAAGGGGAGGGAGUGUGCGCUCAGUCUCCGUCUCAAUGAACAGUGCCACCUCGAGCAGUGCCACCGAGGGCCACCACAGCGCCACAGGACACUUAUACCACUGAACACACCACCUCCCUGCUCGUGAUCGCCGCUGCGGGAGUUAAGAGAGAGAGGGGGAGAGGAAACAGACGCAGUAACUGGACAGGAUGGCGGAGGAGAGCGACUUUAACCUCACCCUGACGGAGGCGCUGGCGGGGGAGGUUGAGGAAGCAUUCAACUCCACUUUAGACGACUGGGCGGAUCCUGCGAACUCAACAUUUUGGAGGUCAAUUUUCUCCUGUGACACUUGGAUAUCGCCUCAGCAUUUGCUCUUCCAGCUGGCCAACGGUUGCUUCUUCGUCAGCUACUUGGCGCCCUCCCAGAGCAAGGGCCUUCUCUUCAUGCACUGUGUCCUCAUUCUAGGUUUCUUACUGUACUCCACGUGGGCUUGGAAUGUGAUAUGUGCCCCUGAUGUCUUCUCCUGGAACUUCAUCUUCAUGCUACUCAACAUGGGACAGACGCUCUACAUCAUUUACCAGAUGCGUCCUGUCAAGCUGAACAAAGAGCUGGAAGCCCUUUAUGAGGCUCUGUUCCAGCCCCUCAACGUGCCACGGCUACUGUUCAAGAGGCUGGUGUCCGUGGAGUACGCUCAGGUUAUGUCCUUGCACGCUGGGGAGGCCUACGCGAUGCAGAAUCUCACGAGGACUGAUCGCUUAGGCCUGCUGCUCUCCGGGAAGGUGAACGUGAUGGCUGACAACCAGUUCCUCCAUUCCAUCACCAGCAUGCAGUUCAUCGACUCUCCAGAAUUUGAGUCCUCCAGAGCUUCGUUGGAGGACAAAUUUAAGGUGUCCAUCAUCGCCGCCACGUCCUGCAGGUAUGUUUGGCACCGCACCAGUUUGGAGUACCUGUUUGUGAAGGAGUCUUACCUGGCCGCCGUGCUGUCCACCUUGAUAGCCAGAGACAUCACCACUAAGCUCUACCACAUGAAUCAGAAGAUUGUGACUGAGAAGGGAUCACACCUCGAUAUUCGCCUCCCCUCCCUCACCUCCUCCCUCUCAUCAUCUUGCGGUGGGGACGGUUCUCUUCGCUCGCCUGCCAAGUUUUCUAUCAGGUCUGGGGGCGGUGGCGGGCUCGGAGGCGGUCACGGUGGGAGCGGGAGCAGCACUGGAGGCGUGGGCUGUGGUCUGGCGUCGUCCUUGGCUGGUGUGGCUGGGAUGGGGAUUUCUACUAAGCACUCGAGACUUGGAUACACUAUUCUGCCCACGUCUGCCCCGCGAUACGAGGGAAGGGAGAGACUGGACCUGGCGUAUAGAGAAGGAGGAAGAGGAGCAUACAGGGAAAAUGGUUAUGUACCCAAUGGACGGCCUGAGAUGACACCCCUUACUGAGCUACCAUCAACUGACUCCCUCACUGAUGCUACUCAUGAUAUACACACUUGGCUGGAAGACUCCUCGAGAUAUACGCAGAGAGAGUGAUGUGUCUGUGUUUGUGUGUGUGUGUGUGGGUGUGUGUGAGGGGAGGAUUGGCUACUGGUGAAGGUAUAGACGAAAAAGGCUCUCUUAAUCCAGUUUUUUAUUGUUAUGGAAAGGGAGAAAUGUGUGUGU